UCAAAAUUAAACCUCGAAGAUAUGACAUAACAGGCGAACGUCAAAAUUUGUAAAUAAAAUCCAAACAAAAUUUUCUGGCAAUAUCGUCCGCCUGGUGUGUGCUUUUAUUGUGAUAAAACAGUAGUAAUUAUUAGAUAUGUUCUCCUCCCGCUACUUUCGGUUGGCUCUUCGGGAAUUCCUGGGAGCAAUGGCGCGAUGCGACAGGUUAUCGAUAUCUCGGAGUAUUUGCACCACGUCUGUCCUUUUAGUUAAUUACUACGAGGUUCUGGGUAUUCCGCGGAGUGCUACGCAAAGUGAUAUAAAAGCGGCAUAUUAUCGAUUGUCGAUGCUUCAUCAUCCAGACAAAAAUAAGGAUAAUGCGGCGUCUGUCGAGAAGUUCCGGGAAAUAACAGAAGCCUAUGAAGUGCUGGGGAAUUUCAGAUUAAAACGGCUUUACGAUAAAGGAAUUAUUCAUACGGCAGGGUCUCAGUAUGCCCAUAUGCGGCCUCGUUUUCACGAUGAAGACGUCAAGGAAGAACCGGAUGACCCUCAAACCAAAUUCUACAAAGCGCAUAUGAAAAAAUCCCAAGUUCCUCAUGCAUCUGGUCGUACUCCGAUAUAUAAUUUUGAUGAAUGGUCGCGAGCCCAUUAUGGUGCUUCUUUCGAACGACGUAAAGCAGCAAAGGAGAAAUUCGAAACGAAAGAAAGGAAACGAGCAGCGGAUGUGGCGACCUUAGAGAAAGAAAUUCUUCUCAUUGGGAUAGCAUUUCUUUUUGCAUGCAUGUUCUUAGUAUUCAAGCAAGAGAGCGGUUUAGAUGUAUUUCUUGAGAAAGGUCCACCCGCGAUAGAAGUAGAAAAUAGUAUUGACGACCAGCAAAAUAAGACGACAGUACAAGUGAGUGGUAGUAAUGACUUGGAUAAGAAAAUAGUGCAACAAGCGAAGAAUUAAUGAUACGAACAUGACAAUUCUGUUGUCAACGAAGAAUGUUUAGUAACAAUUUUUUUUAGUACGUAAUAAGGUGUAAAUUAUUUUUGCUGUACAUAAAUAUUUUAAUUAAAGAAGAAUUGUGAGGAUUGACGAUGCUGGGCAUCAUCCUGUUGAUAAGAA